AUGCUGUCUACACUCCUUCACGUCGUCGCCUUCGCGGCAGGUAUUGCACAGGCUAUUCCAAAGCCAACACCAGUGCCAAACGUAGCCACACCCGCUCGUGCGCUUACUACUCCUGUACCUCAGCCAGAAGCUCGCCAGGCGUCCACCAACCCAUUCGCCGGCUACUCCUUCUACGCAAAUCCAUACUACUCGUCCGAGGUGCACACCCUCGCGAUACCUUCGCUCCCCGCCUCGCUCAAGCCUGCAGCAUCAGCUGUAGCUAAAGUUGGCUCAUUCGUAUGGCUUGACACACGCGCUAAGAUCCCCCAAGUCCUCGAGCCCUUCUUGGCGGAUAUCAAGGCGAAGAACGAUGCUGGUGCUAAGCUGAUGGCCACUUUUGUCGUGUAUAACCUGCCUGACCGCGAUUGUGCUGCUCUGGCUUCAAACGGCGAAUUGAAAAUCGACGAGGAUGGAGCCAACAAGUACAAGACUGAGUACAUCGACAAGAUUGCGACAAUUCUUCAGAAAUAUCCCGGGGUGAAAAUCAACCUUGCUAUCGAGCCUGACUCGCUCGCCAACAUGGUGACCAAUAUGGGUGUUCAAAAGUGCUCUCGUGCUGCACCCUACUACAAAGACCUGACCGCCUAUGCCCUUCGCAAGCUCAACUUUGCAAACGUUGAUAUGUAUCUCGACGGUGGUCACGCUGGGUGGCUCGGGUGGGACGCUAACAUCGGCCCUGCGGCCAACUUGUUUGCUGAGGUAUACAAAGCCGCAGGAUCUCCUCGUGGCGUUCGUGGCAUUGUCACCAAUGUCUCCAACUACAAUGCGUACAGGAUCGGUACAUGUCCAGCAAUCACUAGUCCCAAUGCCAAUUGUGACGAGGAGCGAUACAUCAAGGCGUUUGCCCCGCUUUUGCAGGCGCAGGGCUUCCCGGCCCGCUUCAUUGUGGACGUUGGACGUUCUGGCAAGCAGCCUACCGCCCAGCAAGCCUGGGGCGAUUGGUGUAAUGUUCAGGGCGCUGGUUUCGGUCCCCGACCUACCACGAACACUGGCAACUCGCUCGUUGAUGCUUUCGUUUGGGUCAAGCCCGGUGGUGAGUCCGAUGGCACGUCAGAUACCACUGCUAUCCGCUACGAUGCUUCCUGCGGUCGUGCUUCGGCAUUCAAACCGGCUCCCGAGGCUGGUUCGUGGUUCAACGCAUACUUCGAGAUGCUGCUCAGAAACGCCAACCCUGCUCUUUCUUGAGUACCUUGGGUGGACAUUAGCAUAGAUCGGAAGCAAUGCACACAGAUCAUGGUAACCGCUUGAAUCGUGCUUCCAGGACACAAUGCGACUUGCAGAUAGACACAAGAUAUCAACCAAUGAAAUCAUGGUGUUGCAAAAUGUGCCGUGCGUGGUGGCGUUCGAGUGUGGCAGCAGUGCAACGCGGCUUGGCGGGCCGUCCGCUUGCGCCCUGAUGGCGACUGAUGCCAUUCAAUGGGCCUCGCAGACACACCUACACAUUUC